CCCAUUUCGCGCCUUCUUUCUUCUACUGCGGCUUCCCGCGCUUUUUCCAUUUCACCGCUCUUCCAUUUCGCGCCUUUGUGACCGCGGCUACGGCUGUCGCGCUAAAAAUUAUCAAGCACUUCAAGAUUCCUAUCAUCAGCAGUUGUUCAACUGGUGUAUGGACGAUCGACGACGAGCGUGAGCGACGGAUCCAGAGGGAACGAACCCAAGUCCGGUAGACCGUAAACAAUGGUUUUUUUUCCAUCCUUCGACGACGCUGAGAGGAACCUGAACGCCAUGCUGAAGCCUCAACUCCACAAGGUCCAUACAUCGCUCAAGCUGAACAGCGAAGUCACCGCCACCAAUGUUGACAUUCUGAAUACCCUGUUAUAUGACAUCCGCAUUAAGAUAAAGCUGGAGGAUCCUCUCUUCCGUCGGCUUUUUAAGAGGCUCGAAUACACCGGAAGCUACUACGACGGGCUGCGGACCAAAAUGGCAGACGAGUUUGACAUUAACCUUGUACUGGACCUACCUUUCAGGAAGGACGAAUUCACCGUGUUGGACGGAUGUCCCGGCUACGUCGGCUACGGAGUCAACCCGGCGGCCAAGGACAGGCUGAUUCGGGAAGAGGACACAAAGUGGGUUCAGCUCUUGCUGAAGUGGAUGGACGGCGAGAACAGGCUCCUUCCAGACAAGGUCAAGCGGUGGCUGCAGUCGGCGUUCGACCGUGUUCUCCGGACUUACGUCAUUCCCUCUGGGUCCUGCUCGGCCGUGGAUAAGAUACUUUCGAGCCAGCACGGCCCUGCCAUAACACUUCAUAUCAAACUAAAAGAUGGCAUCACGAUUAAUGUGGACCUUGUGCCUGUAGUAGAAUUUUGCGACCCUAGUUGGCCCAAAAGCAUUCAGAAAAAAGAUUGGAUGGCUAAGAUGUUACCAAAGGAUCGCAACUGGUUCCUGAUUCCCAAGGCCCCCGAGCAAAAAUCCCACCUGUGGCGGCUGCACUUCCCAAACAUGGAAAAGAGGCUCAUCGAAGACUACGGUUGUGUGAAGCCCAUCAUUCGCUUACUGAAGGCCACGAGGGACUCACACAUGUGGAAUCUCUCGUCAUAUUCCCUCAAGACGUUUGUCAUGAGCCUGGUCGUGGCUAAUCACAACUCGCGAUAUUGGCACUCUGACAACCAAGGGAUGCUUUUCGUCAGGGUCCUGGAUUUCCUAGCACACGUCCUGGCACAACCAGGGCCUGCCAUUUCGUUCCUCUUCCACCCGGAACUGGACCUCACCGAGAGAGUCACGAGAGAGACCAGGGAUAACAUCAGCUGCCGAAUCAAACGCAUUGUGCGCAAGCUCCGGCUUUCCCCUGACCAGUGCUACGAGCUCGUCUUGAAGAACCACCGGAAGGGUCAAGCUUUGUCAGACAAUGGCGGGGCAGUUGUCGCAUUGAACAAUAUUGGAAAUAUUGAGGCAAACAAUGUACAACUGUUGAUGCUUGUUGAUUUAGAAACAUACCUUGGCCCUGAUAAGCUUAAUGAAAUACUAGCAGUAGUGAAGGAAUCCUUGGAAUCAAGCAAACAGUAUAAAAAAGAAACAAUGGACAAGUUAAGGGAAAUAAAUGCGGGCAUCAGGGAUAUCGACAGCCGAGUGGCAAAACUUGAAUCUAUCAUUGAGGUUGCAGAGAUAAAAGAAUACCUUCUUAGGGUAAAUGCAGCAAUUUUCAAGGUGGAAACUUCAGUAAACAUUAUAAAGUCAAGCCUAGAUAUAUUGAAUUCAUAGGGGAUCGUAAAAUGCAUCAAUAGUAACCUUGAGACGUAGGAGCAAUAGAAAACGGCAAGAGCAAUGUCUUUUGGAGACUUCAUUGUUCUUCGCCUGCAUUUAUUACCUUUUUUCACGAUCGUUAGAUAGUUCGAUAUAUGAAUAAUUUGAUAUACAAAAAUAUGUUAAAUUAAGCUAGAGUUGGAAUUUCCUGCCGUCUGCAGAUACUGAAGGUCGCGACUAACGGGAGCUUACUAAAUAGAGCAUCCAAGAGUCGCUGAAUACAAUAGAGCGUAGUUGGCGGAAACCGCAAACACCACCGCGCUUAUACGCGCAUCUGGCCGGGACCUCCACACAGCAUAAUCGACAAAACACAAAAAUAAUUUAAAAAAAAAAAAAAAAGAAAAGCAAAACACAUUAAAAAUUUCUUGAUCCAUAGAAAAAAGUCAAGCAAGCAAGAAAACAAAGCUCACUAAUUCGGGCAACAUAAAAAGAAAGGAAAAAAAAACUGGCAAAUCAAUAACGGCAAAAUAAAAAGGUAAACAAUGAUAAGGCGUUCUAAGUGCGAUUGCACAACCGUUGUUGUCAACACACCUAACUUACCGAAGAAAUCUUUUUUUUUUUUUUUUUUUUU